AUGGCAGCUGGCCGGAAAGCCUCACCGUGGGUCAGGUCGGGACAGCGGCGGCGACGGGUCGUAAGCUCGGUCCCGCCUGGUUUCCAGAUGGGUUCGCGCCUGUCUGCACGUCCGCGGGCCCAGGCGUCGGUGGGCGGACCCGCGGCCUCAAAAGCCAAUGGGUUGGGCGGGGCCUUGAUGUCUAAGCCAAUGAGAACUCGGGAUAGAGCCUGGAUGGGCGCCGGAAAUAGCUGCGGCCGCCGAGCCCGCUGGGGCGGGGCUUGGUUGGGGCUCCUCCCCAUGCCCGCCUCCCAGACGCCCGGGGUGGGGGAGAGGGUCUCGGCGAACCGCUGCCCGCCCGCCAUCAUGCCGCCCCUGCUGCCCCUGCUGCCCCUGCUGCCCCUGCGCCUGUGCCAGCUGUGGCGCCGCAGCCCCCCCACCCGGCUCCUUGGAGCGGCCGCCGGGCAGCGGUCUGGCCCCAGUAACUACUAUGAAUUGCUAGGGGUGCAUCCUGGUGCCAGCCCUGAAGAAAUUAAACGAGCUUUCUUCACCAAGUCCAAAGAGCUGCACCCCGACCGGGACCCUGGGAACCCGGCCCUGCACAGCCGCUUUGUGGAGCUGAAUGAGGCAUACCAUGUGCUCAGCCAUGAGCAGAGCCGCCGCAGCUACGACCACCAGCUCCGCUGGUCAAGCCCCUUAAAGUCUCCAGGGACCACAGCCCAUCCUGGACCUGCCCACCAAGCACGCAGCAGCUCCUGGGCACCUCCCAACGCACAGUACUGGGCCCAGUUCCACCGCGUGAGGCCACAGGGGCCUGAGGCGAGGCAGCAGCAGUACAGACACAACCAGCGGGUGCUGGGGUAUUGCUUUCUGCUCAUGCUGGCAGGCAUGGGCCUGCACUAUGUCGCCUUCAGGAAGCUGGAGCAGAUGCACCGUAGCUUCAUGGAUGAAAAGGACCGGAUCAUCACUGCCAUCUACAACGACACGCGGGCCCGGGCCAGGGCCAACAGAGCCAGGCUCCAGCAGGAGCGACUGCAGAGACAGCAGCCGCCGCUGCCAGGGCCUCCCCAGGACCCUGGGAUGGUGCCCAGAGGCGCUGACCCGUGAGGGGCCGCCUGGACGGGGCCUGCAGUGUGUCCCCUCCUUGCCUUCCUCCCAGGGCUCCCCACUCCCCAAAACGCGUGCAGUAAAGUCAUUUUCAGCUCUAGUAUCUGGCUGCCUCCUUCAGCCCAAGCCCCCCGCCAGGGCCUCGCGUUGGGGCUGCGCCCCGCCCUCGGGUUCUGGCGGCGGCAACCCAGGAGCCCGGCCCCCUGGGCGGUGCGUCCCCUU